CGACCCUCUACUACCUUUUAUUCAAGAAAUUCCUUAUCAAAGUAUUCUCAACCAGAGAGAUCCCCCACUUCAGUUUAAACACUAAAUAUAUACUAAUAAAAGUUGCUAUGGAAGAAGGACGACAGCUGAACACAUGGGAAGGGUAUGUGAAUUGGAGGAAUAGACCUGCCAUGAGAGACCGGCACGGUGGCAUGCUUGCAGCCUCCUUUGUCUUAGUGGUGGAGAUACUGGAGAAUCUAGCUUUCCUGGCGAAUGCGAGCAACCUGGUGCUGUACCUUUCCAAAUUCAUGCACUAUUCUCCAUCAAGCUCUGCAAACAUUGUUACCAAUUUCAUGGGAACAGCAUUCCUCCUUGCUCUCCUUGGUGGCUUUUUAUCAGAUGCUUUCUUCACCUCCUAUCGACUCUAUUUGACCAGUGCUGCAAUUGAAUUCGUGGGCCUGUUGAUACUCACAGUGCAAGCUCGCAUACCGUCGUUGAAACCACCGGUUUGUGCUUUAGCAAGCACUGAAAUUCCGUGUGAGAAAGCCGACGGACAAAAAGAAACCAUGUUGUUUAUCGGCCUUUAUCUGGUGGCACUAGGAGUUGGUGGAAUAAAAGGUUCACUCCCCCCUCAUGGAGCUGAGCAAUUCGAUGAUACCACGCCGCAAGGGAGAAAGCAGAGGUCGUCGUUCUUCAAUUACUUCGUUUUCUGCCUUUCUUGUGGAGGAUUAAUUGCGGUGACAUUCGUGGUAUGGAUUGAAGACAACAAAGGAUGGAAAUGGGGCUUCGGUGUUGCUACUGUGGCGAUACUGACUUCGAUCCCGGUUUUCCUUCUUGGCUCUCCCAUAUACAGAACAAAGAUUCCUGCAGGAAGCCCCAUUACCACAAUGUUUAAGGUUUUAUUUGCAGCUGUUUACAACAAUUGCAAUUCUAAGAAUCCGAGUAAUGCAGUCAUUGGCAUGGAGACAACUAAAGGUCCAUCGCCCGAUAGUACCGAAACCAGUAAAGAAGAGAGCGAUAACCAGGUGAAGGUUCCAAGUCAGACUCUUACAGAAGACCUCAAGUUCCUAAAUAAAGCAAUCACAGCAAAACCGGUUAGCCCGAUGUUACAAUGUACGGUAAAGGAAGUAGAAGAGAUGAAGGUAGUGCUGAGGAUAAUCCCAGUUUUUAUGUGCACUAUAAUGCUCAACUGCUGCCUUGCUCAGCUCUCUACGUUUUCUAUCCAACAAGCAGCCACCAUGAACACCAAGAUCGGUUCCUUAAAAGUUCCACCAGCUUCUCUACCCGUGUUCCCCAUCAUCUUCGUGAUGAUCAUUGCACCGACGUAUAACCAUGUCAUCGUUCCAUUCGCCAGGAAAGUGACCAAGACUGAAAUGGGAAUCACUCAUCUCCAGAGAAUAGGAACAGGGCUGAUUCUAUCUAUUGUUGCAAUGGCAAUAGCAGCUAUAGCGGAAAUAAAGAGAAAAAAAGUAGCAGUCGAGUCGGGACUACUCGAUUCUGCUGAGCCACUACCGAUCACGUUCCUCUGGAUAGCUAUCCAAUACCUGUUCCUCGGAUCAGCUGAUCUCUUCACCUUAGCUGGAAUGAUGGAAUUCUUCUUCACCGAGGCCCCGACAAGCAUGAGAUCAUUGGCCACUUCCCUUUCUUGGGCUUCACUUUCCAUGGGAUACUAUUUCAGUUCAGUCCUGAUAUCAAUAGUCAACAAUGUUACCAGCAUCUUUCGACACACGCCGUGGCUUGCAGGUAGCAACUUGAAUCACUACUACCUACAGAGGUUCUACUGGUUGAUGUGCGUACUCAGCGGCCUAAAUUUCUUCCAUUACCUCUUCUGGGCAAACCGUUACAAGUACAGAACAUGAAGCUCGGUCGAUUGAUCGAAUAUUAGAACUCUGAAAAUUUCUAGAGGCCUACUAGUUGUAGUCAACUGAAUCCAUCAGAUGUACAAUCCAUAUCGUGCGAGUGAUUAAUGCCAUUAGACGGACAUGGAAGUCACGCACAAAUCAAUGAGCUAAUAAACUAAUUAUCACACAUAUCUUGCU